AUGCUGGUGAGACAUUUGAACAGCCUGCCUUGGGCUUUGCUGGCGGUUCUUCUGCUGGCUGCUCUAAAGCUCCAUGUGACCAAUGCGGAAUCCAGUGGCGAUCAAAAGGAGGUGGAGGUGGAGAGUGCCAGCACGGAGAGCAACGAGAUCAUUCCCAGGGAGGCCAUUCAAAAGCUGGACUACUCUGUGCGGCAGGCCUUACUUCGGGCCAUUGAUAAGCUGGAACAGGAGGAGGCGGCUGCCACGGAGAGUGGUGAGGAAAGUACCAGCAGCAGUGGUUCCCAUUCCCUACUCCUUCGAGCAGAGACCUCCACUUUGCCAUCGCACCGCGACAAGGAUGAGAUUCUGGAGGAGAGCACCAGGGGAAACGAUCCGGAGCCAGUGGUGCCCACUGUCCAAUUCUACACGGCCACCUUUGACGAGAAGAAUGCCCAGGAGCAGCUGCUUUCCUCCUUCAUCGAUCGCUCCAAGCUGUGGAAGAAGACCACUAUCCGGAAACUGAAUCAACCCGCCGCUUCCCUGUCCCUUGAACCAAAAUCCGCGGAGGCAGAGGGUCCAGAGAAUCGCCAGCUCACCCGGAGCGUGGAUAGCUCCAUUUCCGGAUCCGUGAGCAGCAAUGAGAUCUCCCACGACAGCGGCAGUCACGAGAUCAAAUUCGAGAUCAGCAAUGUGCGAAAGACCACCACGCCCACGACAACCACGUCCACGAGUACGACCACAACCACUACGCCCAGACCCCGCACCACCAGACGUCGCACCACCACAACGACGACGACGACAACCACAACCACUCCUAGGCCCACCCACAAUGAGGAUGGGGAGAACAUAGAGCUGGUGGACAAGCAGGACAUUCGCAUCCAGGAAGCGCCACUCGUAACCGCUUUCACGGUGGAUCUGGACGAGCGUGGCACGGCUCAAAAGUUCCGCCCAUUGCUGGCGGGCAACCAGCUCCAUCAGCGCACCAGCAACUUUGCAGCACCACAGCAGCAACAGCAGCUGCCCCACAUCGGACCAACCAUCACUAAGCUGAAUGUUUUGGAAACAGAGCCACCGGCUACUCCGCUGCCCACACAGUUCCCACCCACCGGCGGCAGCAGCUCCACCACCCAGAUCAGCACGAGCACCAGUGCCGGCGGUGGUUUCUCCACCACUCCCGCCUUUCUGGCCAGCUCCACAAGCAAUUAUGUAAAGCAGGAGCCUCUGAACAAUCUGCCUGAGCCACCCAGUGUAAACAACUACCUAAUCGAGCGACAACGAGCUCUGGAGCAGCAGAUCUACCAGCUAAAGGUCCAGGCACAACAGCAACAGGCUCUGAUCCUGCGCCAACUGAAGCUGCUGGAGGAGCAGACUCAGAGCCGUUUCCAGGGCUCACCGAUUGCCCAACCCAGCACUUUGCAACCACAGCACCAACAGCAACAUCAGCAGCAGCAACAACAGCAGCAGCAACUGCCGCAAGUACAACACCAACAACAGCAGCAGCAACUCCCUCAAGUACAACAGCAACAUGGUCCGCUGGAGGGCAUUCAGACGGGUCUGCAACCGCCCACUUUGGGCGGUGGUUACUCCAUAAGACCUUCGGUCGAAUUUAUACCCAGCACACAUACCAAGACUGUUAUUUAUCCCACAUAUCCAAUUGAGCAGCAAUUGCCACUGCGCGAUGCCGUUUCGGGUCAUAAAUUCGCCCUGCACAAUGGCAACAUAAACGCAAAUAACUAUCAGAAGCCGCCAGCAAAUGCAGUGCAGCAGAUUUUCCAAAAUUUGCAGCAAUCUCUACAGAAGGCGAACGAAAAUCCCCAGGUCCAGCCCUCUAAUCAGUUCAACUUUGCACCGGCCGAGGCGUCGCAACUUCAGGCCUUGCCCCAUAACAAUUACAAGCCAUUUCAACAGCAGGUGCAGCAGCAGCAACAGUUGCUGGUGCCCAACUACGUCAGCAAUGCGGUGUUCCACCAGCAGCAGCAACAGCAACAGCAGCAGCAACAGCAGCAGCAACAGCAACAGCAACAGCAACAGCUGCAGCAACAGCAAAGAGCUCGGCAAUUCCGCCAGGAGACUGGAGUGGGUAACUUCGGGUUGAACUCCAAUGUGGAGAUCCAGCCGAGCAACUCCUUUGCCACCACGAUUGUUAGCCAGCAGCCUGGUCUCAAUGCCAAUCCGAGCCUGGAGAACCAGAACUUCUACAGGCAGCACUUGACGCCCCAGUUAAGCAACCAGUUGCAGCAAAAUGCGCAGCAAUAUCUGCAGCAGCAACAGCAGCAGCAACAGUUGCAGCAACAGCAGCCAAAAGCCAGCGGCGAAAUUAGUCCAGCUCUCAACCAUGGGAUACCGCAGUUCGCCUCACAAAACCUGCACUUCAACGGGUCAUUUUGAGCACUUGCACCACCAAAAAACCACCACCAACCAGCACCACCAUCCCGCACCACAACCAGCACGAAACUCCAAACACCUCCUGCUCCUGAGUCCUUUUUACCCAGAAACAAGUAUCUACCGCCCCACACGUUGACUUAA